CCAGGGUACUCAGCCUAUAGAGAGACACUGUGACAGUCCAGCUCCUCAGCACGGCGGGAUGCAGUGUUUGGGAUCUAAUACCUUCGUACAGCCCUGUGAUGAAGGCCCGUGUCCAAUUGACGGUGAAUGGAGUCCAUGGAGCGGGUUCAGCGCGUGUAACGUUACCUGUGGCGGAGGAAUACGGCUGAGAACAAGGCUGUGCGACAACCCCCCUCCCCAACAUGGCGGUGACAACUGUGUUGGUGAUGACGACGGUGACGGGGCUGACACAGAUUUUGAGACGUGUAACACAAGCCCAUGUCCAGUUGAUGGCGGAUGGAGCCAGUGGUUGCCAUGGGAGACGUGUAGUCAGUCCUGUGGCGGAGGGACACAGAAAAGAGUGCGGACGUGCACAGAGCCCUCACCGCAGUUUAACAGCAACGGUUGCCACGGCGACACGGAUGGUGAUGGGUGGGAUGUGGAAUUCCAACCGUGUGAGACACAGUCAUGCCCAGCUCCAACAACCGAACAUCGGACAUCAGAUGCUCCAGCAACUCAAGAGAUGACGAAAGACCCAUCGGACUAUUCUAAAACAACAGCAGAAGUUACAAAGGCGGCAAUAGACACUAAUACCAAGCCUCACACAAUGGAGUCUGAGAGCGCCCCUGUUUGCACCAAUGAGUACAUGGAGCUAGCCCUGCCUGCCCACCGACUCGCUCACGUGAUCACCAGCGGGCUGCACUGGGACCCGGACCCGAGCUGUCAGGCCACCUUCAACGGUACCCACUACAUCCUGCGCACCGGGCUAUAUCAGUGUGGGACAAAGGUGACCUUUGACACGAAGUUCGUCAUUUUCUCCAACAACGUCAGCCUCCUUUUCACCCAUGAUGGCGUCAUCACUAGAGACCCGGAUGUUGUCAUACACUCAGUAUGUAAGUACGAUCGUGACGAAGCCGUGAUGUCCGAGUUCCUGCCCAUCCCGGGCGGACUGGAGUUUGUUGAUGAAGGGUUCGGUCAGCUGUCCAUCCGGCUGGACCUGUUCCCCACACAGAGCUACCUGUCUCCGUACACCACACCUGACUACCCGGUACACCUGCACCUGCGGGACAUGAUGUACCUGCAGCUGCAGGUGCAGGGUCACUCCAGACAGCUGUCAGUCAUCGCCCUGCACUGUGAGGCUACAUCCGGGCACAACGCCUCCCUAAAGUACCCACUGAUACAGGAAGGUUGUGCAUCCGACGACACCCUACAAUUCUACGGAGGACCUGAUCCGGGUACACAGCGAUUCGGUCUGGAGGCCUUUCGCUUCGUACAGGAAGUGACGACAGUGCACAUCCGGUGUGAGGUGGAGGUAUGCGAUGCAGCAGAAACUGGAUCCCGUUGUGCCCAGGGUUGCAGAACUAGUCGUCAUCACAAGAGGGCGCUCGAGGACGGGAACGACAUGAAGAGCCGCUAUAUAAUCUCCCGCGGGCCCAUCAUCGUCAAUACAGAUCAGGCUGAUAGUGCAGACAACGUCGCCCUCGUUGUUGGAGGUUCUGCUGGAGUCGUCAUUAUCGCUGCAGUUCUUCUGGCUCUCACAGUGCGGCGCUCAAAGUCGGUGCAUCCGGGAUACAAGCUGCUCGUUGACGCAGAGUGAAGUGCCAUCAUUUAUUUGAUCAUCAGCAAAAUUGAU